AUAGAUCGGUGUGACGCUGUUGAGCAAGUUCGGGAAGGACAACCUGGAAAGUUAAAGUUUCACUACAGUAGUUAUUGUAGUUCUUUCUUGUUUUGUUUUGGGAUCUUGUCAGGCUUGCUCAACAGCGCGGGAGUCACACAGCGAGUGCUCCAACCGGCCAGGUGGGGUCCGUCGUGGGUAAAGAGACGAAAAGAUCGCCCGUUAUGCCCCGUGUUCUCUCUUGUUUGGUGUACACGACGUAUGUUACAUUAUUAUUGGUGUGCGCGGUCUUGGGUGGGUAACGGGGUUAGGCGUGGGUGCUAUGAUCGAUGGCUGUUAGCGGUAGUUAAAGGUCUGGAUGCUGACUCCGUCAUGCUUGGAAGCAAAAGAGAAGCCCUAGGUCUACACGAGUAGGUGCGUAACCCAUUUGUUCCCGUUCAGGCCGUUCCACCCCUAAGACCAAAGACUGUCGGCAUACUCACGACACCGUGCGACGCCAUGUAGUCGGCAGGCGAGAAAGGGUUGGGGAUCGAUUUCGCCCACCACGCUAAGGAACGUUUCCCGGAAGGAAUUGUUGGUGCCCGGAAGUGUUGACCAGCGCGGGCGGGGUGGUCUAGGUCGUGUUGCUGGCUGCUUUUUUUAGCCACUGCUGCACGUUCGUCUGCCGCACUCGGAGGGAUGCCGACGGGGGGGGGGGAGGGCUGGCACU